AGGAGCAGAGAGAAAGGAUGGAGGUAGAGGAGGAGGAGCCGGGACAGAAAGAUGCGAUGAAAGGAGAGAAGGAGGUGGGGACUACCAUUGACCAGGACACUCCGAUAGACCCUCACCCCAAUGCAGACCCGGCUACUCAGAAUCACAUACACUUCGAUGCCCUCUCACACACACCUCAUAACCCCACCAGUCAGAACGACACCCCCCCCCCCUCAGGUUCCCCCAUAGACCUCCAGCGACCAACGGACUGUCCCAUAGAGCGACCCCCAGAUCUACCCCACAAGGACCAAGAGGACCUCUGUGAGAACAUGUCCACUCAGUCUGACAACCACUCAGUCUUGUCCAGUCUCUCCUCUCAGUCUCCCCCUGCCUCACCCUGCCUCACCCCUCCAUCUGACUUCCCUCCUCCUCUCCUGCCUGUUAGCCCCUCCCACUCAGAGACCCUCAGCCUAUCACAGAGCCGCUCUGAGACCCUUAGCCUAUCAGAGCGCGAGCCUUGGACACAGAGGGUGUGGCCAGAGGGCGGGAGGCGUGUCUUAACUCACCUGGUGGAGGGCUUCGUCAUACACGAGGGGCUGCAGGCGUUCCCGGUGAACCGCUCAUCUCUGUUGUUGGGAGGGCAGGAGGGUGUCUCCCAGAAUGGGAACACAGAGGGGGCGGAGUUAUUACCAUUGACAGACACACCAGAGCCACCGGAACAUUUCAGCGAAUCAGAACGAGUGGGUGUGGCCACAGAUGACCCGCUGACAGGUACCAGAGAGAGACAGAGGGGGGUGUUACAGUGUGAGUCUUGUGGGAAGAGAGGCCAUGCCCACUCCUUCCACCGCUCCAAAAGAUACUGCUCCACUUCCUGUGCCCGCAGGCUUAAUGUAGGGAUGUCUAAACGUCUGCGUGCUCUGAGUGCAGGCAGCCAGCCAGAGGGGCGGCGCUCUGAGAUCAACAAGGAGGAGUCUGUUCCUGGCAAGCCCCUCUUACUGCGACUGCCACGCGAAAUAUGGAGCGCCCAUCGCCGUGACUACGAAGGGGAAGAAGGGCAUGCUGUUCCCAUAACGACCAGGCUGGAGCGCAGAGCGGCACGGAGGGCAAGGAGGGCAUCAGAGCCAGCGAUGACCCCUAGUAACCCCACCGUGACCUCUACUGAACCCACACCUGCACAGUGGAGUGUAGCGCAAGUCUGGGACUUUAUACACACACUGCCAGGUUGUGUGGAGAUUGCAGAGGCGUUCCGUGUUCAGGAGAUAGACGGCCAGGCCCUGCUGCUGCUCACUGAGGACCACCUGAUGACCAGCAUGAACAUCAAACUGGGACCAGCGCUCAAGAUCUGUGCCCACAUCAACACACUCAGACACACGUAGAGAGGGAGAGAUGGAGGUGAGGUGGGAGGGUGGGUGGAGGAGAAUAUAGAGA